AUGUCCUCGAGCGUCUCAGUCAAAGUUACCAACAACCAAACAGGCAAAUCUGCCACCAACGGCAUUCCAGUCAACGGCCGACAGCAGACGAUCGCUGCUGUCUUCGGCAGCUCUUUCCCGGACAACAAAGUCGUCGCGAGCGUGAUCGAAGUCCAGAAACCAGCUGAAGCGGUCGGCGUUACCAUUAUUACCGGACCAGCAAAUGGCCCAUAUCAGACAGUGAGAGGAGACGGCACUCCUCUGAAAGUCAACAACGGAGCCGAGCUUGAUAUUUCCAGCUGGGUUAUUGCUGCAAUCAGGCAGUAA